AUGGGAAAUCAUUUAGAGUUAAUAGAGAAAGAAGUUGAAGCUUUAAGAACAUUGUCACAUCAGAAUAUUACAAAGAUUCUUGAUUCUGGGAUCUCAGAGCUUGUAACAUCAUCAAAAUCUAAAGAAGUAUACUUUAUAGCUCUUGAAUUAGCACAUGGAGGAGAACUGUUUGAUUUCUUGAUGGUAACAGAACCCUUCAAUGAGAUGGUAGCCAGAUACUUCUUCCGUCAGCUGAUAGAGGGCCUUGAGUAUAUGCAUUCAAAAGGCUACAGUCACAGAGACAUGAAAGCAGAGAAUAUUCUUUUUGAUAAAGAUUUUAAUCUAAAAAUAGCAGAUUUUGGAACAUCUUCAAAAAUCCAGGUCAACAAGACCAUGGUGGGCACUCAAAAUUUUAUGGCUCCUGAAGUUUUAGCAAACAAAGAAUACCACGGUCAUGCUAUUGACAUCUUUGGAGCAGGACUCAUCUUGUUCCUCAUGGUAACCGGAAGUAUUCCUUUUGAGCGUGCUGAAAAAUCUGAUUCAUUUUACACACAUUUAUAUUAUUGCAAAUCAUCUAAAUUCUGGAAGAGUCAUUCUCAAGAAGGAGAAGGCUCUUUAUCAAAAGAGAUAAAAAGCCUAAUCUCAGAUCUAUUCAAUCCUCACCCAAUCAGGAGAUUAUCCAUUUCUGAAAUCAAAACUCAUCCUUGGUAUGAAGGAGAGGUACCGGAUUAUGAUGAAAUUCUUGAAGAGUUUAAGACAAGGAAGCAAACCAAAGAAGAAAAAGAACUAGAAGAAUCUAAGUUAGCAGCCCAAGAAGUUCCUGAUGAAAAUACAGAUAGAGACGACAGUGUUUUUGAUGGAAACAUAUCAAGAGGUAUUGGAGAAAGCGAUAGUGAGGAUAAUGUACCUGAGAUUGACCGUAAAUGCUUAGAGUUUGAUCCAGAUUUCUCUUCUCACACCAAAUUUUUCAGUACUUGUGACCUUGAAGAUCUAUGGUACACAGCUGCUCAAUUUGUCAAAACUUACACAAAAGAUGUGACUUUUUCUAGCACAGAGUAUAAUUUGUGAACUAGAUGGAUACAUGGUCUUGAAGAUGAGGAAUGAGAUAACUUAGACAACGCAGUAAACGAAGCAUCAAUCCAUAUUCUAAAAGUUAAUGAUGUUGGAAAAUACUGAGUAGAAGCUUUCCUACUCUGCGGAUCAAAGCCUGAAUUUCAUGUCUUCUACAACAAAAUGAAGAUAGCAUUUUUAGGAAAGAUAAAUUGAAGCCAGGACGACUAAUUCUCGUUUUAAAACUUCCUUUAGAUUUCUUUUUAGUUAAACUAAUAUCCUCGAAGAUUAAGAAACAUGAAU